AUGGCCGUGUCUAUGAAGAUAAUGUCUCUUACUGUCGCAACUUUAGGUGUGAUAUCAUUUAUAUUUGGAGUUGUAGCGGAGAAUAAGAAGCCUGCAUCUGGAACUCCCAUCCCAGGCAAAGGCAUUGUUAUCUGUCAAUAUCCAGCGGACCCAACUGUGGCCUUGGGAUAUCUUUCUGUUGCGUUUCUUCUUGCUUCUUCAAUUGCAGGAUACUUUUCUUUGUUCUAUCCUUACCAACGAAAAUCCGUUCCUCGAGGUGCCUUGUUUAAGAGCACCAGUUUCUCUAUUUUCUUCAACAUUGCCCUGUUCACAACUGGAUUGGCUAUAACUUUGCUCGUAUGGCCUACUGUCACCGAGCAAAUUCACUUGACUCGCAAUGUUCAUCACAAUCUCGAGACAGCAUGCCUAACCGCUAAGACCGGUCUUCUGGGUGGUGGUGCAUUUCUAUCCCUUGAUUCAUCCCUCUUCUGGUUGGUUGCCCUGAUGUUGGCUGGAAAUGCUCGAGAGGACUACUUUGAUGAAAUAGAGGAAAACGGAGACAGUGCUGAGGCUCUUAAGAACAACGCAUGA